AUGGUCGCUGAAGAAAGCUUAACCGAAACGAUGAGUAGCCCCAGCAGGAGAAAAGGAAAUAUUAUCCCGUUCUCGGUCCCGGGAUCAGAUGGCUAUGAGCAAAAGAAACCUCUUUGGAGUUGUAUUCGAUAUGCUUUGAGGGAACCAUUCUCAGAAUUCUUUGGGACCAUGAUUCUGAUCCUGUUCGGUGACGGCGCUGUUGCUCAAGUGACUCUCAGUCGGGAUCAGAGAGGUGACUAUCAAUCUAUAUCAUGGGGUUGGGGAAUCGCCGUCAUGCUCGGUGUCUACACUAGCGGCAUAUCCGGCGGCCACAUCAACCCAGCCGUAACAUUCGCCAACUGCCUGUACCGGAAAUUCCCCUGGCGCAAAUUCCCAAUCUACACGCUAUCCCAAAUCCUCGGCGCCAUGACUGGAGCCGCAAUCGUGUACGCAAAUUAUAGAUCGGCCAUUGAUGCGUACGAAGGGGGCCUGAACAUUCGUACCGUACCGGGCUUCUCACCGAAUGCCACGGCGGGCAUAUUUUGCACGUAUCCUGCACCAUUCAUGACGAAGACAGGGCAAUUCUUUUCUGAAUUUAUUGCUAGUUCGAUUUUGAUGUUUAGUAUAUUUGCGAUCAAGGAUGAUAAUAACAUCGGCGCGGGACCAUUGACGCCGCUGGUCCUUUUCUUCGUGAUAUUUGGGAUCGGUGCUUGCUUUGGAUGGGAAACGGGGUAUGCGAUCAAUCUUGCGCGCGAUUUUGGUCCAAGACUUGUUAGUUAUAUGAUCGGCUAUGGCCAUAAUGUCUGGGCUGCUGGAAACUACUAUUUUUGGGUACCCAUGGUUGCCCCCUUUUGCGGCACUGCUUUUGGAGGUUGGCUAUAUGAUGUCUUUCUAUAUGUAGGCGAAAGCCCGGUGAACACUCCCUGGAUGGGCUUAAAACCACUCAAAUCUCAUCCCUAUACAGGCACGCAUGAGGGCCAGGUGUAA